UUAAUAAUAGCGCGCCACAUGCCUCACUGAGGUUACACGACCGAACACGAUCAAUAAAUCGGCAUAUCCAGAGAUUUAACUGCAAAUAUUGGUUUUGUUUCUUUGUUUCAUUUGUUAUAAGAAGAGAGUCUUUAGAAGGCGAUAAAUCAGCACGAUCCUCGCCGUACAGUCGAUCGGCAGAGCCCACGAGGAAGAUAAGAAUUUGCCAAAUUGUUAUAGAUGCCGGUGAUUAGUCGAGUCGAUCAGUCGUAAAAUCAGGCGGAGAAUAAAAGAUCGAAUCUAUCGAUCGUGGCCGGUACAGACGUUGAAAGUCAAUAGUAUAAUUCUUUUGCUGUUUUGAAGACGAAGCUACCAAUAGCUCCGCAAAAAGCGGGGUCGUUUUAAGAUCGUUCCAACGUGACGGGUGUGGACUCUGAAGCGAGCCAACAUGAAGACUUUGCUGAUGAUUGGGUUUUGGCUGCUGGCGGUCUUUAUGGAUGAGGCACAGCCGAUGGAAAAGCCCAUUUACGUUGUACCCGAAGAUCGCCGGUUCUAUGUAGACUUGUGGUACAACAACCACAAAAUUUGGGUCGAGCUGAACCAUAAUACAAUCGACGUAAAGCUCAAAGGCUUUAACCUGAUGUACUUUUCGUUCUUCACCAAGAUACAGAACAAAAGAGAGGUGAAAAAGGAAGAUCUGGCCUUCACCAAGAUGUAUUGCACCCACAACUCGAUAUGCGUGAGGUGCGACAAAAUCAACAAGCCGUGCCUGGAUAUGAACGUCCACAUGGGCUCGCAGUUGAUCAACGUCAGCCGUACCAGCAGGCACGGCGACGACGAGCUGAUCGACUGCAUCAAACUGGCCGAGGGCGAGCAGAUUUACGGCGGUCCGACGCUCGAGCAUCAGGUCUGGCCGACGCAGCACGUUCCGUUCGGCGACGUGGCCUACGUGCCCACCGACAAGAUGCCCAUCGCCGAGCGCUACUUCCUCUCGAGCCGCGGCUACUACCUACACGUCGACAGUCAGGUGCCGCUCUUCCUCGACGUCAACAAUCGCCACACCGGCCAGUUGUGCUUCGUCGCCAAGAACAAGCCACCGUACCCGUCUGAAUCGGAAAUCAAUCUGAAAUGGCAGCUCGGCUUCUUCCGUGAUGCGCGAGAGGCCCACGAGUUUUUCGUGAAAAACUUUAGGCCGACUGCUGCGAAGAGCUGGCCAAAAAUACCCUUGCCGGAUCCGCAAUUGAUCAGUAGAACCAGUUACUCCACUUGGCCCGUGAUGAGGGACGAGCUCAGCAGUAAAACAGUCGAGACGUUUGCCGCGGCUAUUCAAAAGUUGCACGCGCCGCACAAGCAAAUAAUCGAGAUCGACGACGGCUGGCAGUCGUGCUACGGAUCCUGGCUCUACUCAAAAAACGUCACCCAGAACAUCGACCCAGAGUUUUUCCAUCUACAGUUAUCCCUUAAUCCGUUCAUCGAAGUAGACUGUCCCGAGAACAAGGGUACAGCUUACGCAGACAAUUUGGGGACUGACAUUUACCUGAAGAACAGUAAGGGUGGCAUACAUAUCACCGAGUUCAGAGGCAAAAAAGUGGCGUUGAUCGACUUUACGAAUGACCAGGUUAUCGAUUGGUGGGUCAAACGAGUGCAGGACUUUGCCGCUAAGCACAAAAUCGACUCUUUCAAAUUUGACGUCGGAGGCGACUCGUCUUGGCUGCCCUUCAGUCCUCUUGUCAGUAGCAUAAAGAAAUCAUAUUUUAUUCCGGGUCACUAUCCGCGCGUAUUCUCUGAAAUAGUUUACAAGCAUCUCGGCCCCAUGACCGAGAUUCGCACCUCUUGGAGAAAUGAGAAUCAGAACAUCAGGAUAAAGUUGAGCCCCAAAGAGAGCAGCUGGGGACAGGCAAACGGACUUGCCUCGGUCAUUACCAAUUGCUUGGUGCUGAAUCUGCAGGGCUACACGUUCGUAUCGCCGGGCCCGGUCGGUGGUCUGGGCCUCAACGGUGUCAACCGUUUCGAUGACAAAGGCUUGCCAAAUAAAGACAACAAGCCGCCCAAGGAGCUCUUUAUUAGGUGGCUCCAAGUUGUUCUCUUCAUGCCUACGGUGGAGUUUUCCUGGCCAGCUUCCUUCUACGAUAACGAGACUGAACAAAUAACUCUAAAAUUGCUUGAGUUUAGACGUGAUAAUAUAGUUCCCCGAAUUAUCGAGCUCAUGAAAAAAUCUCGAGAAGAAGGAACUAUGAUAAAUAGACCUCUAUGGUGGGACGAUCCUACUGAUGAAGAAGCAUUAAAAAUUCAUGAUCAAUUUAUGCUCGGCGAUGAUAUUAUAAUUGCGCCGAUUCUUCAAGAAGGUUCGUUCGCUCGAAAGAUUUACUUACCUAAAGGAUAUUGGAAAAACGGAAACGAUUGGAAUCAGGCAUGGGUUGGUCCUAUAACUCUAGAUUACAAAGUCUCGUUGGAUAUCGUGCCAUUUUUUUACAAAGUCAAAGUAGAUUAAC